GUGGGCAGUAGCUAAUAAUGCAGGAAUUUCAUGUUUCGGUCAGGCUGAGUGGUGCAGUGUUGAUAUGUUCAAACGAAUCGCUGAUGUCAAUCUCUGGGGGACUGUCCGGGUUACAAACGCCUUCACUCAUCUUGUGAGAAAAUCAAAAGGUCGAAUCGUGAAUAUCGGAAGCGUUCUGGCACGUCAAGGAACAGCCGGUUUCUCGCACUACUCCAUCAGCAAACAUGGUGUCGAGGCCUUCACCCAGUGUCUACGAUACGAGCUCCGGAACUUCGGUGUCCGUGUCAGCAUCGUCGAGCCCGGUAACUUCAUGGCCGCUACCAACAUCUACACCAACGAGAACAUCGACAACGUCCGAGAUGAGCUGUGGGCGAACAUGAAAGAGGAACAGAAAGCUGUCUUCGAGAAGGAUUUCAAUAACAUGGUCGAUAUCGUUAGGUUCUCAAGGACAAUCGGUUCAGCGGAUCCUUCACCUGUUGUAGAUUGCUUUCUGGAUGCAGUCUUGAACGAGAGUCCGCGAAUACGAUACGAACCGAAGGACGUAUAUUGGACGAUUCGUACAGUAAUCAUGGCGCAUUUUCCUGAAGAGAUUUCAGAUCUUAUAUUUUGAUGUUAUUGAUCUACCGUCAAGUUCUACAUAAGAAUACCAUUGACUGAGAUGGCUGCCUGCUCUUUGCUGCGAUAUUAAAAAGUACAGCUGCCAAGAAUGUCCAACACGCCAUCAUUUCCAGAGGAAAUAUCAUAGGAGUUGGAGCUAAAGAAGAAAAUGUAAUUAAAAAGUUUUAGGAAGCCUACAGCGAUUAAAAGAACACGCAGAAAGGAAAUGAAGGAUAGUAUUGAAGUGUAAAAUGUAGCAGAGUUUGAGAAUGCAAUUAUGAACUCAGAUGAUUUAAAAACAUCUAUUAGUAUAAAAAUAAUUAUAGUGAGGUAGGCCUAGCUAACGGUGAUGGGCUAGUUAUACCUAUACAAAAUUUAUGCGGUGAGGGCGUCGUUUAAGUUUUUCAAGAUUGUGUAUCCCAUUUCAGCUCAGAGAACUUUGAUGGCUUCAAUCGCAAGGCUGGAGUAGUCAUCUUAUAUACUGCUGCUAAAACUUGAAUACUAUCAGGGCGUUUUUGACUUUGUAUAUUAUUUGGUGUUUCCACAUUUUAUUCAUAUUACUACCGCGUCUGUGUAUAUCUGCUCCUAAUAUCUUACCUUGGAGAAAUUUAUAGAUUGUACUAGUUCAGAGUGUUUUUUCUUAGAGUGAUAUUCUAACUCGAAAAGAAAAUGAGUGCAGAGUAAGAUAUAUUCAUACCCCGAAUAUAUAACAUAAAUAACAUUCGCCAUCGCACUGUUCAUCAAUAGUCUUUAAGAAACGAUAUAGAAAGGGGGACUGAUGUCAAUGAUAAUAAACACAGUUUUGAUUAUGCGCCAUCUAAUACAGUGCGUCCCAGAAAAAACGAAACCGAGAUUUAGCGAUGAUUUAUCAUAACUUAAUCAUAAAUAAAAUAGACAAAUUACCUACCAAUGUAAAGCUUAGAAUCUCCUCUUUCAUCUGGUAUUACUUAGAUUAUUCCUCAUUCACGCAUGAGUGAGCAAAAACAAUUCGAAGAAAGGAUGCCAAAAACUCAUUUGGCGGGGGGUAUCUGAAUUUC